ACAGGUUGAAUGCUGCUUUUCGUAACAUCUUGCAUUUUGCUGUGUUUCGCGGAUACCAUGAUCCAACGAAGCAUGGGUUAUUCAUAAAAUGUGUAUUGGACGCGAUGAUAUUGUAUUUCCGUGAACGUCUCCACAGUAUAAGCAAUAUCAUAAAGCUUUUGCGUAGUACAGGAAGAAAAGUGUUCGAGGUGAAGUUACCAAAAUUCCAAAGCUGGUUUCGGCCGACCAGUGCAGCAUCCAACAGGUUAAGAAUGUCAUCUUUAUGAUAAGUCGUCAAUGACUUCUGAAGGUUGCGAACAUGCGUCAUCGUCAGCCUAUAAGGUAGUAAGAGGUCGCUGGGAAUCCAAAUGGGUGACGGAGACCCAUUAUGGCCCAGUAUCGGCAGCAGAACCGCCCACGCGAAUUCUUACCAUUAUGUGAUGUCUUGUUCAAUAUAAUCUCAUUGGCUUCAUACUUUUGCGACGUUGUCUUCGAUCUUGCCAUGGGGUACGCUCUUGCUCAUCAUCCCUCAGCUCCAGCAGCACUUUUUCCUGUCAGCAUCACCCUUGUUGUGGCCUCUCUUUUUAUAUCACAGGUCGUCAGUAUACGAUGGUACCUCUGGGGUGCGAGAGGUAAACUAACAAAUAGGGUGACAAAUACUAACUGUGAUUUAAGUCACGAGAAGAAGACUGGUAGUUGGACGAUGGGAUGGGUGUUACUACUUCAUUCGACUCAAGCUGGUGUGCUCUGGCGUUAUUUUAAGCUUUUCAUCCCUGUCGAUCUGACUUAUGUUAAACAUGAAGUUAGAGAAUUAUGCGUUCUACGUUUGAUACAUGCGUUUUGCGAAGCAGCUCCAAUGUUACUGCUGCAGCUCUAUUUAAUAUCAAUAGGAUUCGAAAAAGAAAUUGAGCUGAAUCAAGGAAAUGGAAAAGUCGGAACAGCAAGAGAUCAUGACAAGUUAGAAAAAUUGACAACAGUAUCAGCUGGGCUAUCCCUCUGGAGUGUGUGCUGGGCUGUAGCAAGUUUUAGCAAAGGUGCGGCACGUCUUAGGAAUUUGGAACGUUUGGUUCUUACAUGGCUGGGCGUUUUGGCUCAGCUAUUCUGGCGAUUAGGAACAGUAAGUGCUCGAGUUGGUGUUCUGAUUGCUUACGCGUCUCUCUAUGGUGGUCAGUGGCUAUUGGUAGUAAUGGCCCUCCACUGGCUAUCAAUGCUCACUUGGUUAAUGCUGACGCCUGACGGAUUGUUCAAUGGAGGAGAACGCCUUCCCCUUUUCCGCAAAACAUUCCUUGCGUCACUUCUUGCAUUUGUUUAUGUAUUUGUCUACCUUAAUCUCCAUGAAACUAAUCAUCGGCAAAAGAUGGUAAUUUUUUAUACUGUGAUGUUCCUUGAGAAUAGUUUGCUUAUUGGAGUGUGGGCAGCUGGUGUCAAUAGGACUGACGUUCACUUCGAUCACCGACCCCGACCAACUAUAUUUAUUAUCACUCUUUUAGCUUUAUUUUUUGGAGGUCUCUGUUUCAUGGGUCUCUAUUACAGAUUUUUUCAUGUAAGGCGUCUAAGAUAUGAAGCAGGUGGAAGAAUGAAUGGGACAAACGUAGUAGCUUCAUUGACCAAUCAGGAUAUGUCUGGGACGAAACACACGAGUUAUAUUGAAGAUAAAAAAUUCAAUAUGAGGAUUAGUAUCCGAAGAGUUAAAUGUAGUAAUGGCGGAAUCCCCGGAGUAUUCAACUGCCGUUUCGCAAAUCCUGCCGUCACAAAUCCAAAUCGAAAGAAGAAAAAGCCAACGACUUUUGUGCCUCCUCCAUCUCAGCAUCAGCCACAAAAUUCACCCUUAGUAGCAAUCGGAGAAUCCAAACAGUGGGUAACUGGAAAUGAAAGUACACGUCAACUGAUACCAUUUUGGAAACGACCGUUAUCUAAUGCCAGCAUAAACCACAAUGAUUCUCAGUAUGAAGAUUCACCAGGAGAAAGGAAUGAAGUCGAUGUUGGAAUAGGAGGAUCACUAACUGUGAACUUAAUUCAUGAAAAACUGAAAGAAAAAAAGCAACAACAACUUCGGGAACUAAAAGCUAUCCAAGAAGAAAUUAAGGAAGGGAAGCUAGUUCCACCUCCUUCAGCUUCCACGUCAUCGUUUUCUUCGUCACCAUCAGUAUCAAAUCAGAAACCACCACCUAAUACGAAAAUUCACACUUCGCCUAGUUCUCCAUUAUCAACAUCUGUGCCUACACUAUCUACUUUAAAUGGUUUAUCUUCAUGGCCGCCAGUUAAGAUGCAUUGCCUUUUGCAUCCCCCACCCUCGUCACCUUAUCAUCCAACCUUUUAUGCUUCAAAUCAUUGGAAAGGAACACAGAAAGAUAGAGCAGAAACUCCAGAAAUUCUUUUAGCUCCACGUUGUCUUUCACACCAUUAUACUCAGUGGAUAUCAACGGAAAAUUCUACUCAUAGGUCCCACAAUGUUCAAAAUGGUGACGACCGAAGUUCUAAAGGUGAAGGGGAAGGAAAUGGCGAAGGUAGUGAUAUGGAAGGCAGUCAAGUUUCGUUGCCUAGAAGUUAUACGUUACCUCGUGAAUUCAAAUAUACUAAUUCUAACCAUGCCAUAAAAGGACGCAGAGGAUGCAGUAGAAUUCUAUCUUCACGCUUUUAUUUGCCGUCGACCAAUAGUUCGGAUGGUGAUGUAGAUAGCGCUGACAAUGAAGAAGAAACUGAUUCGGAAAUACAAAUUCGAACAAAAAAUGAUCAGAAUCGCAUCCAGAAAGAACAUUAUAAUCAGUUCUUAUGUCAUAAUGGUUAUGCAACUAAUUAUUCAAAUUCCAAUCUUGAAAUUUCCAUGAUAGAUAGGAAUUCCCAAUUUUUUUUCACCAAUAAUAUGUAUUGUGUUCCUCGAAUUAAUCAAUUAUCCAGAACAAAGGUUAAACACGAAACAAAGCUAUGAGUAUUUCUGCAAUUUAUUAAUAUUAGUAUUGUUGAAGUAAUUGAUCUAAUAUCUUCCAAACUCAAUUGUCCAAAAGACUGCUGCUAAGGUCACGUCAACUUUCUCAACAAAUCACAUCCACACAAAAUGAGAAAUCUAGGAGGAAGUUUUGAAAAUUAAAUACAAGGCAAUAGGGAGUGUUUUUAUCGCACUAACUUCAUUGAAUUGCCUGCAAUUCCAGUACAAAGGUUUUCUCUUUUAAGUGUACCUAAUACUUCAGGAAUUUUUGUUUUGAAGUAAAAGAAUGUACUUAAUGAAAUAAAAUAUUAAUUAUUUAAU